GCCGCGAAGCACUGGGACCCGCGCCCGCACCGCAGCCCGGCCAGCCUGCUCCGCGCUCGCCUGCCGGUCGGCCCGCCGGCUCCGCGCACCCUCGCUGCCGCCCGUCUGCGCCCAGGCACCCCGCGGGCACCAUGCACCUCUCCCAGCUGCUGGCCUGCGCCCUGCUGCUCGCGCUACUCUCGCAGCGGCCCUCCGAAGCCAAACCCGGGGCGCCGCCGAAGGUCCCGCGAACUCCGCCCGGCGAGGAAGGGACCGAGCCCCAGGCUGCGGGCGGCGGUCAGAAGAAGGGCGACAAGACUCCCGGGAGCGGUGGCGCCAAUCUCAAGGACGACCGGUCGCGACUGCUCCGGGACCUGCGCGUGGACACCAAGUCCCGGGCGGCGUGGGCCCGCCUCAUGCACGAGCACCCCAACGCGCGCAAAUACAAAGGAGGCAACAAGAAGGGUUUGUCCAAGGGCUGCUUCGGCCUCAAGCUGGACAGGAUCGGCUCCAUGAGCGGCCUGGGAUGUUAGUGAGGCGACCCCUGGCGGCGAGGACAAGAGCGCCCCUCUCUGAAGCUCUCCAGCACAGCACCUGACGCUUCUAUACAGAAAACCUCACCUGAGCUAUCGUUGUCUGUGAACCUCCCCAAAUGAACUCAUGAGCACACUAAGGGCCAGAUGCUAGCCAACGAUGAUCUGGGGUCUGUAAGAUGCCCAAAGGGGCUCUGAAAAAUGUCUGUCGAUGACUCACAAAACCUGCCUCACCCAACUUAGGGGCACUCCUCACCCACCUGCCCUAGCAUUUAGCUGGCGUCUUUCCUCUCUGCAGCCAGACAUGGCCAGGCUGUGUGCUUCUCCUGCAGGGGCUUCGUUUGUCUGAAAUCUUAACUUACUGUGAUUCUAGCAUGCGUGCCCCAGUCUUUAGAAGCUACCAUUGUGAUAGGUUUGUUCUAUUCUGUCCUAUCUCAGCAACGAAGAGAUGGAGCCACAGGCCUUAGACUUUCAACUUGUGAUUUAAGCACCAAGUUCCAACUUGAGAAUUCCAACAAAUGGUAUUAUGAAUUAGCAGAGGAUGGGAUAAGGUCCUGGCAUCAGGUCAAGUGCCUGCCGUGCACAUCCCUUGUUCCUUGUCCACAGUCCUUGUGGCUGUCUGUGGGUACCAGGUGGGGGUGGGGAGAAGGACCCUGAAGGAGGAAUCGAGGUUGCUAAGACUUCUUGACCCCUUGGACUGAGGAAAUUUGUCAACUUCCUGGAAGUUCUCUUUUAGCUGACACUAACCUCCAAUAUCCACAACCGUCUCAGCCCCACCCUCACCCCUAUUGCCGAGAGAAGGCAGAGCAUCCUUCCUGUUGCUAGCAGCAACAGAUGCUAGCUAUCUCACUGUCUGGGCUAAAAAGAGAAAGACAGCUUAGGGUUCCCCAGUGAUGAAAGCUCUCCGAAGCAGUGGCUCCACUCAGGAGUUGACUUUGGCUCUAACCAGCCGCCAUAAUGACUGUCGCUGAUGGUUAUAGCCUUGAUUAUAAAAUGGUAAUGACAGAGAUGAGGUGUGCAGGGUGCCUGAAUGAACACCUCACAGACAUCUGUCAUCUGUUUAAACACAUGGGACGGCCAGAGAAGGGGGCUGGGGGAGAGCUCACCAAGGUCUUGAGGCCCAGGGUCCCUCUGCCCGUGCUGUCCACCACCCUACCUCUGAGGUGGCCUUCCUCCAGUCCUGGGGCACCCUCACACCCGCUCACCCUCACACCCACUAGCUGCUAACCCAGCACAACCACUCGUCUCCCCAGGGCAGGUGCAAGACGCCAUUUCCUCUGCUUCUGAAAGGGACCCUUUCUGAGGAGAAGCCAACUGGGGAAGGAAGUGCUAUUUACUGGGCCGCUGUGACCCAGACAUUCUGCCAGUGCCCUGUGUGGCAACCCUGGAAGGUGGCUAUUAUCCCAUUUUAUGGGUGAGGAAAGCAAGCCUAAAAAGCUCUCCAGAGCCAUCCCGGAAGUACUUGUCCUAGUUGGGAUUUGGACCCAGAAUUCCCCACUCUUCAGCCGCUUAUCUCCCCCUUCCCUCCUUUGUCCCCCAGACCUAUAAAGCCAAGACAAGCACCUGACUGACUGUUUUAUUGUAGCUAAAAUUGGAGACGGGGCGGGCGGGGGCAUUUUCCCUUCCCCUUCCCUCACUGUGUCCCACUGAGCACCCAGGGCAAGACCUGCGCUUAGACAGAGGGGGCCGCGGGUUGGCUGACUUUCUGGUUCCACCUAUGCUUGGACAGGAGGUGCCAAGGACACAUCUGGUGACAGCGGAGGGCCUGGGGAGGACCUGAGUGAAAGGGCCUUAUCCCUCUGCAGCAAGGCCUCCGUCGGGGCCUGUAGGGCAGAGGUGGAGGGACUGUGCCUCCUGCUAUAGCUGGAGUGGGGGGAAGGUUCUAGAUGUGCCCUGUAGGCUGGGCUUUCUCAGCUGAGCUCCCCUGGCCCUCUUUGUUUCAGGAUUGGGGACUUGCUGCGUUUUGCUGAGGUCACCCUUGGUCAUCAGCCUCCUCGCAUCUGGAAGCACCUCCAGCGCAAUGUGGCUUUUACAUUUCUUUUUUUUUUUUCCUGGUACUGGGAAUACACAACACCAGCUGUUUUAUGAUUAUUUAGGGAGGGGGGUAUGAUUUUAUCAUUUGGUUUUUUUUUUAAUGAAAAAUAAAAAUUUAUAUAUUAUAUAUAUAUUAUAUACGUGAAACACACACACCUACACCAACGUGAUGACAAGGGACAGUUUUGAAGAGACUGACAAAACCAGCUGUAAAACAUUGCUGUUUGUAAAUUCAUGUCAUGCAUAAAUGUAUUUAUGUUGUAAAGCUAUUUAUAUUGUUUAUAAAGAGAUAUUUAUAAAAAUUUUAUUUAUGUAACUAAAUGAAAGAAGUCAAUCAUUGUCAUGUUUUUUGUCUUAACUAGUUGAAAAAUG